CUUAUUUUCGUCUUUUUCUACGGCAUGAGUUUCUUAUUUAUUUUAGUUGCUCUCAAAACACACAUCAACACAAACAAACUCUUGAGAGAUUCUCGGAACAACACAAGAAAAACAUGAAACCCACAAUGUGUUUACUGUUUCUUACAGUUUCAAUGGCGGUGAUGUCGUCGACGGUUUCUGCUCAAUCAAGCUGCACGAAUGUUCUACUCAGCAUGGCGCCGUGUCUCGGCUACAUCACUGGAAACUCUACUUCUCCUUCUCAACAAUGCUGCAAUCAGCUGGCUAAUGUUGUCAGGUCUUCUCCUGAGUGUUUGUGUGAAAUUCUCAGAGGUGGAGGUUCUCAGCUUGGGAUCAAUGUUAACGAAAAACAAGCUCUUGCUUUACCUAAAGCUUGUAAUGUUCAAACUCCUCCUGUUAGUCGCUGCAAUGAUGGUUCUACGGUUAAUUCGCCUACAGGAUCAUCAAACACUUCAGAACAUGGAAAUGGAUCAAAAACAGUUCCAAAAAGUGGGUCAUCGUCUGAUGGAAGUUCUAUCAAGAUCUCAUUCCCUCUUCUCGCCAUCUUCUUCACAGCUACAUACAUUAUCUACUCAAAAUAUUGACUUUUUUUUUUGGUUUGUCAUCAGAAACCAUAAAGCUUUUGGACUCAUUGAUAUACAUAUUCUUUAUUAGUCUCUAUUGAAUAUAAGUGUAUUCUGUAAUGUUUUAUUUAUGCUGAUGUGCUCUAUAAAAAUCUUACUUUCUGAGCGAUGUUGUUUUAUCAUGACAUAUCAGACAGUUAAGUAAAAAUAUAGGGAUUGUUGUCCAAU